ACUGAUAACAGCUAUCGUGAGGAACUUCCUGGUAUAGUAACUUAUAACUCUGCAUAUCGCAGUCGGGUCCCGCCACCCCUGGCACAGUGCGCUGGUUGUGUUCCGGUGAGACACCCCCUGGCUACCUUCAGUAAGAUUCAGUCUUCAAAGAUUCUUCCAUUAGAGUUAAACGCAAAUAAGCGUAAGGAAGUUUGAAACAAGGAAAAGUUCAAAGACGAGAAGGUAGGAAGAGUUUUGAACAAAGUUAAGACCAGCAACAGCAGACAGAGGACUGCACGACCAGCCGUGUUCAGCAGACUACAACAUGUCUAGUGGAGUCAUGGAUAUCGAGGGCAAUGGAGAAUUUGAGUUUUCUGAUAAAUCCAUAAGAAUGGGUUUCAUCAGAAAGGUGUAUGCCCUACUCACUGCCCAGCUCCUCAUCACCUUCGGCAUCGUGGCUAUCUUUGUCUGGGUGCCACAGGUAAAUACCUUUGCUUACGAAAACACCUCUCUGUUUUGGUCUGCCUUUGGUCUGACUAUUGCCAUGGUAAUACUUCUGUCCUGCUGUGGCAACAUGAGGAGAAAGACACCUUACAACUACCUGGCUCUGUUCACCUUCACCAUCUGCGAAGGAUACCUACUGGGUUGUUGCAGCGCCACCUUCGAAGCCUGGGAGGUAGCAGCAGCCAUUGGUGUCACUAUCGUCAUCACCGUGGCUCUCACCAUAUUUGCCUUCCAGACCAAGUGGGACUUCACCAUGAUGGGUGGCCUCCUCUACGUCUUCCUCAUUAGUCUCCUCAUGUUCGGCAUAUUCGCAUUGAUCUUCCAAUCUCAGGUGCUGAACAUCAUGUAUGCCUCACUUGGUGCACUCCUCUUCUCGGCCUACCUGGUCUUCGACACCCAGCUUAUCCUGGGAGGCAAGCACAAGUUGGCACUCUCGCCAGAGGAGUAUGUCUUCGCCGCUCUCAACCUCUACCUUGACGUUAUCAACCUCUUUUUGUAUAUCCUAGCCAUCUUUGGAGGAGGCAGGAACUAGAGCUCGUUAUCACCAUCUUUUCCUCAACAUCAGUGGAUAUCACAUCUAGUUUAGAACCACAAAAGCCAACUUCGAUUUAUGCAAACACAAACCAUACUAAUUUAUAUUUUAACACUGAUAUUUAUAGAAGCCUUAGUCAUAUGAAACCUUAAGAGCUACAGGCAUUGCUAGUGAUUUUUCAGUCUAAAUGUAUUUUAAAGCCAGCUCGGUUUCAAAAUGUAUUUUGUUUAGCAAAUUUGUACUUUAAAACGAGUCAUAAACUGCAAAGCAAAAGCUUCAGUUUAAUCCAAUAAAUUAUAUAUUAUUGCAAUAAUUACAGCAUGUUCCUUAAUGGUAAAAAUUUAAGUUUUCAAGCCAUUAUUAGCAAAAAAUAAGCACCUUAAGUGAACCAACAGGCUUCAUGUUAAUACGUGUACAGUACUAGUCAUUGUCUUUGGUAAAUGUGACUAGCCAAGGAGGCCAUUUGACUUGUUAUGAUUUGAUAGUUUUCUUACUACAGUAUCAAAGACUGUAUCUCGAUCUCUUGUCAUGGUACAUCUCAUGAUAUAACAUAUUAAUAAAUAAUCUUAAGAAACCA